CCAGUAGUUGCAAAGUAACCGAUAUUCGAUCAUGAAAUUUUUCAUUGGAAUAUGCUUAAUGGCAUUCGCCUAUGGCGAAGAAGCGAAAAUCACCAAGAAGAGAGGUCUAUACGACUUCGGUGAUUUCGGUGGUGGCCACGAAUACGCCGGCGAUUUCGGGCACCAUGAAGUCAAAGCUAUAACCAUUACAAAGAAGGUUCCCUAUCCCGUGCCUCACCCAGUACCUGUGGAAGUCAUCAAGCACGUACCGUAUCCCGUAAAGGUUCCGGUUAAAGUACCAGUAGACCGUCCUUACCCUGUACCAGUGCCUAAACCUUAUCCGGUAACAGUGGAGAAGCCGUAUCCGGUUUACAUUAACAAACAUAUACCUUACCCUGUAAAAGUUCCAGUUAAGGUCCCAGUGCCAGUACCCCACCCUGUUCCGGUACUGAAGCCGUAUCCAGUUACAGUACACAAACCUUACCCAGUUAAAGUAAAGGUUCCGGUGGUAGUAGAGAAGAAAGUGCCUAUAUUUAUAUCGAAACAUGAUGAUCACCAUUACGGUGGUUUUGGAGGUUUUCAUUGAAAACUGAAGAUUAAUUAAUUAAAUAUGGCGAUAGAUGAAGAUACUAUUUCUUAGAUGAUAAAUAUUACAAUUAUUGUUAAUUUGUUA